AGGCUCUUAAUUUGAGUGUAGGGGGGUAAAAUUUAGGGUUUCAUCAAAAUAUAUACACAAAGAGAUAUGGGUGGUUGUUCUCCCGCUGCAUACAUUCACAUGGUGCAAUACAUGAUAGAAAAAUGUUUGAUUUUCAACAUGAGCAAAGAGGAAUGCAUGAAAGCUCUUUCUGAGGAUGCAAACAUCAAUCCCGUCAUCACCUCCACUGUGUGGACGGAGCUAGUGAAAACGAACAAGGAAUUCUUCGAGACUUACGAGCGGAAGCGUACAAAAAAUGAGUCAAUGUCGGAGGAAGAGACAAACAAGAUGAUCCAGAAGAUUAUCUCUGAUUCAUCAGACGACGACUAAAUGUGAUACUUCUUCAAAACAACCACUCCAUUAUGAUAUGUAUUAUAUAUGUUAAUCUUUUUGUUUCUUUCUCUGCGUCAGUCCAACAAUAAAGACACCAAAAACUGAGAGUGAUGGUGAUCCUUUUACGGUACAUAAAUACUCAUCACUACCUUUUUAAGUUGUAUGUGUGUAUUUGCGUAUAUGAUAUAAUUCAAUAAAUACACUGAGCAAUCAUU